AUGAAUCGAAAGAGCCUUGAUCGAUCGAACCCAAAUAAUUCUUCCAAAUUAUUCCUUUCGAAUUCGUUCGGAAGAUCGCAAAUACAACAUCAUGCAGAAAGUGAAGCCGCAAAUUUGGAAGGAAGAACAAACGCAACAAAAAAUCAAUCCUCCUCACGUUCGAACAAUGAAGGAGAGGAAGAGUAUACGGACUCUCCGAUGAUGGGUGCAAUUUCAUCCACCUCGAAUUCAUCAUCAAUCUUUAACACGCUUCGCGAAAUGCAAGCCGAGAUGAAGAAUUUAUCAACGAAGGAACAAGAAUUAUUUCUUUCUUCGCAUGAUGAAAAUAGUGAUAUGAGUAUUCUUGUCGAUGAUCAUCAACAACAACAUGAGGAUGACCAUGAAGAGGUCAAUCGCAAAUGUAAAACAGGAACAACUUUUGAAGAAAAUGACGACAUUCAAUUAACGGACGUGGAAGAACAUCAUACUGCACUUCAACAAGCGAAAAAAGCUCUUUCUGCCAUCAACUCAUCAGCCCUUUCUUUCAAUCCAGUUCAUCAACUAUUGGAAAAACAUCGAAGAGAAAACGAGCAAAGGAGGCGACAAGGAUCGACGCCUUUUGUGUUGGAAUCGGUGAUGCCAUGUUGCUCCGAUGAUGAAUCCACACAGGUUGACCUCUCCGAUGUUUCUUCUGACAAUGAAACAGCAGUAGACCAUUUAAGAGAGCAUGAAACAGAGGCAACCAAUACUUCAACAAUCGAUACUAGUAACAAACAGGUCGAAACGACUAAAAUGUCAUCAGCAAAGCUGCAAGAACCAAUGAGACCUAAGAGUGUCACCACCACAACUACUCUCUCAAAAUCUUUAUCAAAUUCAUCACGAAAACCUCAAUCACAAAUUACUACUACUGCAAUUCAAACAACGAACACUCAAAGUCGUUCUAGCUCUCCUAAAAUUCCAUCCACCUCAAAAUCUAGGUUUCCAUCAACCCAUCAACACCAUCAACACUCUGAAGAAGAACGUAUAAAGCUCGAAAAGAAAAAGAGAGAUCUUGAAAAAGAUGUCUUGCUCAAAGAUUCAGAAAGAAGAAUUGCAUCCCUCACUCGAAAACUUACAGAAUAUGAAGAGCUAUUUCGAACACAAGAAGAAAAAGCUCGAUUAGCUGAAAAAGAAAAAGAUAUUGAGCUAAAAGCUCUUCGUGACCUCUACGAAGAAAAGUGGCUAGAAUUUAAAAACAAAGAAAAAGAUUGGGAUGAGAAAAUCUCUGCUCUCAUAUCCGAGUCGAGUGAAUUGAGUAUUAAAAUCAAGAAGCAAAAUGAACAACUCAUUCAAUUGCGGCAAAAACUACAAACCAAGACGGAUGAAACACAGCAAUUACAAAAAGCAUUUAAAGAAAAGGAAAAUGAAUGGAAGGAAAAAGAAAAAACAUAUUUAAACAUUCAAAAGAGAUACAAUGAGCUUCUUUCUCAUUCUAGGGAUAUUAAAAAGCAUUCUGAACAAGUGAAUGCAGAAAUGAAUGACCUUAAAAAGGCAAAUGAAGAAUUUGGACAAAAACUUUCAGAUUUGACAAAACUUCACGCUUCUAAAGUGAAAGAAAUGAAGGAGAAAAUUGAACAAUUGAAUGAACAAUCUUGUCAACAAAAUGAGACCAUCAAAAUGCUCAACAAAAAACUGGAGGAAGAACGAAAAAAUUAUUACCAAAAAGAGGAGAAAAUUAUUGAGCUAGAAAAGGAGUCACACGACGUCAUGAGAAAUUAUCAAGAGCUUAGAGAAACACUUUUAGCAGUCAAUAAGGAAAAAGAGAAUCUUCUACUGAACGAAGAAACCAAAUUUAAAGAACUAGUAGAAAGUGAAGCUCGAUUAAGACAGGAAAAAAAGGAAGCAGAUGCUCGAAUUUCGGAAUACGAAGCUAAAUUUUUGAAUUUGAAAAAAACAGUCGAAGAACAAUUGGAACAAUACAAAUCAAAAUACGAAGAAGAAAAAAAGAGAUCAAAAAAGUAUCAAGUUAUUACAGAAAAACAAAAAAAGAAAUUUUCAGAAGAGUACGAAAAACUCAAAAGAACAAAUCAUGAAACGAGAAAAAAUGUUCGACGAGAAAAUACAAGAAUUGAAAAAACUAUUAGAACAUGA